UCCAUGAGUAAAAAAAAUGUGACGAUCAUUGAUACCAAAUUUAAUCAACGAACUUUAGUCGAUACAACGUAAUCAGUGAUUUAUAACGCCUGUGAUACGACGUGGUUUCGCUCAUAAAUCGCAAUCAAUCGCGGUAAUACUUAUUCUCAAUGUUUAUCAAUAUUUUUUAUAGUAUGUAAAUGGUUAUUUUUAAAUGAUUUAUCGUGUGAAGUUGGUGCGAGAGGAUCGAAAGGAUGAGCAGAGAUUAACCUUAAGAAGAAAUUAAUUAUGGAAUCAAACGAAGAAAAGAAUCGAGAAGAAGUAUUACGGCCUUAUUAAAGAGCGAACGGACGGAUUUUUUAUGGAAUUAAUAUCGUUUCUUCUGAUAAUAACAGAUAGAAACGAUUCUGAAAGAGCACGGUUUGAGCGAAUCAGAUCUUGAAAAACUGAGGGAACGCAAGUUUGAAGAGAUCAGCGAUGAGGCGAAAGAGGUGUUAAAGAAAUUGGAACUCACGAAAGAGGACUUGGAGAGGACUUUCGUUAUAGCAGAAGACGAUGCCGAGAGAGAGGAAUCUGCGAAAGUCGGAGGACCGGUGGAAGAAGGGAAGGAACAGGCGAAGGAAACAGAAAAGGAAGAACCUUUGGGCCCGCGAGUGGAAAUUGAGAAAUUCUUACGCGAACGAUUGCUGAGCCAGAGUUUCAUCAACACUUUCUUGAAGAUCGGUUUUACGGACGAAUUUUGCAAGCGAGUUCACCGUUGACUCAUCUAUGCACUUCGGGUUACAUCUUUUAUCCGGCUCGUUCGUUUAGGCUAUUGUGCGCUAUGGGCUUUACCAUCGAGGAGACGGAGGAAUUGCGGAGAUUGUGGAACUUGGAAUUGGAGGAUCGAUUCGAAAUCGAUUCGUUUGCGUCCUUACCGUCGUCCUCCAACGAAUAUCUUUCGUCCGACGGACUCUUCUUGAAGAAUCUAAUUAGCAAGCCUUUGACGCAGGCUCUCCGCGAGAUCGUCGCGAAGAAACCGUUCGACCCCAUCGAAUAUCUUGGCCACUGGCUGCUAAAUUACAAAAUUUGCGAGGAAAGGGAACAGAGGAGAAAAGAAUUCGAGUUGGAGCUGAUGCUAGAAAGGGAGAAGCUACCCUUGUGGGUAAGUGCGAUGCUUAUAUUUCUAUAA